UGCUGUUUUUGUCUCUGCUCUGUAUUUGUUUCACCGUUCUCUCCCCAAAGCCACAGCGGAGGCGGCAUCGAGGCUCAUCUGGGUAAAACUCGCUUUGUGCAUAAAGGGCAGAUCGAUGUUCCCUAAGGUUUUACUGCAGUGGUGCGCAGCCGUCUCGAGCUGUGCAGCUGAAAUAGAGAGAAGGCGACAAGGCAAAUUCCAGCCAUUCAGACGGCUGUUCGGGAGGAAGAAGAAAAGUGAAGCGAAGGGAGGCUUUCAUGGAGCAGAGCUAAAAGCAAGUUUUUCUACCGGAGAGGUGUGCAAUGGAGUCGUAUCAGAUGAAGAAGAGGCCAGUCAAAAUCUGAGGGAGUUGAAUCCCAUUGGAUCUCGAGCUCUCUCACACGACAGCAUCUUUAUCCCAGAGGAGCCGGUGGAGGAGCCCGGGCUGGAUCACAGCAUGUCCCAAGAAAACGUCUCGGAUAAAGUCCGAAAUCUGCAGAGGCAGAUAGCACAAGGCAUAAAGUUUGGCCAGAGACCCUCGUCGAUGAGGAGGAGUGAAGGAGAUGAAGGCAGUUCAGAUGAGGAAGAGGUUCCCCGGAGUCCUCUGAAAGUUUUGGCCCAGGUAGAAUCCGAGCCACUAAAAGCAGAGCCAAAGCAGGUCCAGGGAGCUCCUUCAGGUGGACCACACAGCACCCCGGUGAAGUCUCCUCGAUCCAAACAAGUUCUUCCGCCUACUGGCACAAUCGAGUCCAUCAACCUGGACGCUGUCCCGCAGUCCGUCCCUCGUCUAGACAACACGGCCGCCAAGCAUAAGCUGUCCGUCAAACCGAAAAAUCAGAGAAUUGGUCGUAAGCACCGACGCUUCACACAGGACCUCCAAGAGAUUUCUCUUCCCGGGGUGGUGCAUGAGGAUCUGGAAGUGGCAGGAGUCUCCACGGACUACCAGCGCAGAGCUUCUGUCGAGUCUCUUGAAAGCCUCAAGAAACAGAGACUCCAAGAGGAAGAGAGACAGGAGGCCAGGAGGAGAAGGGAGCUGGAGGAGCAGAGGCUCAAGCAGGAGGAAGAGGAGAGAAAGAAGAGGGCCGAGGAGCUGAGGCUGCGUGAGCUGGAGGAGGAAAGAUGUCGUAAACAACAGCGGGAAGAGGAGGAAAGGAGGCUGCGAGAGGAGGCAGAGAGGAAGAGGAGAGAAGAGGAGGAGAGGAGGAUCCGGGAAGAGGAAGAGCGGAGGAGGCAAGAAGAGGAAGAUCGCAAGAAAAGAAUGGAAGAAGAGAAGAGACUGCGAGAAGAGGAGGAGCGCAGACGGAGAGAGGAGGAGGAGAGGAGACGACUGGAGGAGCAGAGGAGGAAAGAGGAAGAAGAAAAGAAGAGGAGGGAAGAGGAAGAAAGAAAGAAGCGUGAGGAAGAGGCUAGAAGGCAGCAGGAGCUUGCGGCUGAGCAGAACAGGAGGCUGAAAGAGGAAGAAGAAGAGAAGAAGAGAAAGGAGGAAGCAGAAAAAGCAAGGUUGCGAGAGAUUGAGGAAAAGAAAAAGAUGGCAGCAGAAGAGAGAAUAAGAAAGGAGGAGGAGGAAGAGCACCGGAGGAUGUCAGAGGAGGGCUCUGACACCCAAGAGAGGAAGAGGAGAGCAGAGGAGCUGCGCUGGAAGGAGAUGGAGGAGCGACAGAGGCCUUUCUCUUUCAAAGUUUCUUCUGGAGAGAAACAGAUUCUCUUUCAGAAGGUCAACCUCACGCCCGUUACUCCGGCCUCUGGCCACCAGAGCGCUGCUGCCGCUGAUCAAAGAGAGGGAGCUAAAGCUUCCUCUGAAGGACCAGAUUCUCCUAACCUGCCAACGUCUCCAUAUGUUCCACACACAGCCAUCCUCGUGACGGGCGCCCAGCUAUGUGGGACAGCUGUCAAUUUAGACCAGAUCAAAGACACAGCUUGCAAGUCCCUGCUGGGUUUGGGUGAGGACAAAAAGGCCCAGGGAACGCCACCGAUGAAGGCCAAGACCUCUCCAGACCGCAAAUCUGGAAAAACCAAAUCACUUAGUGAGUCUGCAUCUACAGACCAGUCCAGUGCGUCCGUCCUGGCAGAGUGGGCGAGCAUCAGAUCGAAGAUAUUCAAGGGGGUUGAAGAGGGGAAAUAUGACGAGUACCCAGACCCGGGCAAGACUUCAACUCCACCCAGCAGUGAAGAACAGCCUCUGUUUGCCCACACCAACCUCAGGAAGACCAUGUCCGCCAGCGCCAAGUUCUCUAUCACACCUGCAAAGAAAAAGUUCGGAGACUCCAAUAGAAACUCUGAGUCUUUUGGUCCAGAUGAUAAAGAAUCAGGUGAAGAAGCUGUUCUCUCUGAGAGCCCCACUGCACCUUCCCCAGGUCCAACCAGCAAACCUCAGACUAGGGCAAGUAAAACAGUCCGCAUCGUAGAAAGAGGGUCCGAGGAGUGUAUGUUUGCCAAAGACCUCCCUUCUUUCCUGGUUCCCAGUCCCGGAGCCAAACACGAGGGGGCCGAGCUGAAAACCAGGGCUCAGAGUGAGAUAGAGACGUAUGAAAGCAGUGAGGGGGGAGAGGACCAAGGCCAGGAUGGCGAGGAUAAGCCCUCUCCAUUCGGUAUAAAGCUGAGGAGGACCAAUUACUCUCUACGUUUUCACAGCGAACAGUCCACUGAGAAAAGAAAGAAACGCUACAGUGCCGGGGACAGCUUUGAAGGUGUCCCUUCACCCCUCACCCCCAUCGAGCCAGACUCUGAUGUUUCAUCUGUCUUUUCUGACAGAUCAAGUCCCACAUCACCUCUGAGAGAGGGUGUGGUUGGCAAGUACUCACACACAGCUUCCUCCCCCUCUGUGUCCCAUGGGAAACUGGGUAAGUCCACCAGCCCAACGCCGUACGGCGACGGUGAGAAAGUGCUUUCUAAGCCACCGGUCUAUCGAAGACCAACACCCUCACCGAAACCCACGGGUUCCAUUCCAACGCCUCCUCCCUCACCGCUGCCCAAGGCAGUUCACGGGCUUCCCAGUGAUGACACGAUCCAAAGGACAGGAGAUGUAGAAUCAUGUAGCCAGGACCAGGCGUGCAGGAGUGAAGAACCAUCGGCAGUGGCCCAGCUCCGCAGGAGCAGCCAAGGUCAGGUCCAAGGGGAAGAAGAGCAGAAGGAAAAGAGAUCCUUCUUCCCCUCCAUUAACAUCCCGUGGAGAGAGAAGGCGGAUCGAAAGUCCGAGCUCAUCAGGAGAGAAAAGCCCUCUUUACAGAGCAGGCACUCUUUAGACAGUGCAAAGGUCCAAGAGAAAGAGGCUGGACCCCUGUGGAUCACACUGGCUCUGCAGAAGCAAAAGGGCUUCAGGGAGCAGCAGCAAAACCGGGAUGAUCGCCGCAGCCAAAGAGAAUCUAAGCUCACAGAGAAACAAUCUCGAGACAAAGAUAGCGCUACACUGCUGAGCCCCACAGAGAGCAGAGGAAGUGGGAGCACCAGUCCUUCCUCUAAGCCUCAGACCCCAGAGGAGCCUAAGAGACCCGACAGCCUCCUGGGACGAUUUGACCGCAGAGAACAUCUAAAAAAGGCCAACACUUUACCGAGCUCCGUCACUGUUGAAAUUGCCGACUCCACACCGUCGCCACCUGCUGUCAAGGAGGUGUCAAAACGAUUCCCCUCCAGCGACUCUCCUCAAGUGUCCACAGAGCCAGCCUGGCUGGCACUGGCCAAACGAAAGGCCAAAGCCUGGAGCGACUGUCCUCAGAUCAUCAAAUAACAUCCCACACACUCCAGCUUGGCACGGGGGACCCUGGCCUGCAUCAAGACUGCACACUGCCCAUGGACUCAGAAGCACCUGUCCCCUCCCCAAGAACUCCACAUCUCAUCUCUCACCACGAACACUCGUCCUGACUGUGAAACACGUAAAAGUCCUCCAUCACCUUGUAACCCUACACACACACAUGCACACACACACACACACACACACACACAUACACACACUGGCUGGUACUAUUAUCAUGUUAAAGUGCGCUUCACAUUCACAUAUUCCAAUACAAUCGCACAGAUAUAUGUAAACAAUUGUUGCGAGCAUGCACAUACUGUAUACAAACACACAACGUACGUCCCCCAAAAGAAUCUUCAGCAGCCAAUCACAACUAUGUCUGGCCAUUGCAAUAGCCAAUCCUGAUUCUUUUAUUUUGUAGCCAACUGUGUCACCAUGGUUGUAAAUAUAUCAUUUCUUCAACUCCUCUGAAUCAUACAGAUGAAGCUCUGACAUAUGGCAGUGUUUAAUCAACUGAGGGUAACUGUCUGAAUCCUAUUUUAAGGGCUACCAGUAAAAAAUAACUCCUCUGGACAACUGAUUAAAGUGUUACAGGCAUCUCCUUUGCGCUCCUCGAUAUUAUUUAUGUGAAACAAACUAAACUGUAUCUUUUAUCUGAGCCUUGUUUGUCAUGUGAAAGACAUGCCUUCCCUGUUUUUUAAACUGGAAACCUUCGCCUAACAAUCCACACUGUGUCCGUGAUGACUGUGAUAGCUGUCUAAGAAGCUAUUGUACAAUUUUGCUAAUAUAAAGUAACAGAAUCUGUUGUGAUCACUCACGGUGGGUGCACCUAAACACAGCACUGAAGACAACAAGUGUUAUGAGGCAUUUGCAAAUAACUGCAUGUCACCCUCGCAGCUGUGCAAUGGUGUAAUGAGGAUUUUUUUUUUUUUUUUUUUCUUUUGCUUUGCUUACAGAGACAGGCUGAACACCCGGUGGCUGUGACUUCUGAUUCUUGUAGCUGUCCUCCUGUAACACAAUUACGCCAUCACAUCCUCAUAAUGUGAUAUGAGCUUACGAAACAUUUCCUAAAUGAAAAAAAAAAAAAAAAAAAAUCCAUUCUUUUUUCCUGCCACUAACUUAAUGAUCUGUAUGUAUGUAAGUAUGUACUGUUUGUAAGUCAAAGGCAUUACCAGAGCUUCAGUCAGAAAGAGGCCCUCCGCAGCCGACUCACGUCAUUCUGUUUCUAACUUUGGUCGUGCACAAUAGUGUAGUGUACGCAGUGUUAAGUGUAACAAAAAAUGUUUGGUAUUAUUUGCACUUUUUUGUCCCACUUAGAGAGAUUCAUGAGAAAAUUCUUAAAAAGAUACAAACUGUUAUGAAUAAUGUAAAUUAAAUACUGAUGUCUGAACCAA